AUGUUGCCACCGUCGGAGGCUGAGGCUCAGGGGCUCUCUUUCGUUCUCCUGGAACCAGGCUCAAAUGUGUCAGAAGCAGAGUAUCAUGACUGGUAUGAUAAUGAACACGCCCCGGCGCGAUUGACGAUCCCUACGUUCCUUAACGCAACUCGUUUUAAAGCUGUCGACGGCCAGAAACCCACAUAUCUGACUCUGUAUGACAUCUCUGAAUCCAGUGUCGCAGAUGGACCUGAAUAUCAGGCUCUCAAAGAUAAUGGGUCCGAAAGAGACAAACGUCUUCUCGCGACGGUGCAAUAUUUGAAUCGAAGGGCGUACUCCUCCAUCUACAACUCUACCCUUACCACUGCUUCCGCCUCCGAUUUUCCUCCGAAAUUCAUCUUUGUUGUUGGAUUGGACGUAAAGACCGAAGGAGAAGCUGAUUUCAACAAGUUGUACAACGAAGAGCACAUACCCAUGAUCUCGAAGAUUCCUGGUUGGCUCAGGAGCAGGAGGUAUAUCCUGAGCAACAGUGCAAUCCGGGGUUCUAUUGACGCCGAAGUCACUGUAUGCAAGUACCUGGUCAUUCAUGACUUUUCGGAGAGUGGCUACAUGGACACUUCCGAGAUGAAGGCAGCAGCCAGCACUCCUUGGGUAAAGGAGGUGCUCAAAAGUAUAGUGCGCCGGGAGGCGAGGCAUUUCACGCUCCUUAAGGAAUACAAGCGUCCCGAGUGA